AACAUUGUCACGUAGUUAUACGCGACCCCCCGCGGUCCUCAACGUGAUGGAAUAUUCGUCGUAGAACGCUUUUAGAAGAGUAUACGUGCACGCGAGGGAGAAAGAGAGAGCGCGCCGCGUUUAAUGCCGAGACAGCCUUGAAAACUGCGGUGUGAAAUAAAAUUCGAGCUCGUUCGACCCGCUCGUAUUUUGUUCAUCCACGAUCCCUCUGUCACGCGCUGUCCCGAGUCCCGCAAAAUUUUCUCGUGGUACAUCCCCCGCGCCUCAACGGCGGCGAAAAAAAUUACGGUGCUAGCCGCGAAAGUGUGUCGAGUUAAUUUUCGGUACAAUUCACCCGCGGGUCUCCGUGAAACGCAUUGUUUUCCCGCCCGGGGAUCGUUAAAGCGACGCGGGUAUAAUUUAAUAAUUAAGCAUACCGGAAACGCUUGCUCAUCAGCGCGCCGAGCGCCGGGAAAAUCCGACGGAAACGAGGAGCGAAAAAGAGCAGCGGCGAUAAGAUGCCUUCGCUGAGAGUUAAAUACGCCCUGACUCAUUUAUCGCGCAAGGAACACACCGCGCUCUUGGCGCGUCCGAACUGGAGGAGACUCGGCAGAGUCGAUCCGCAUGUCCUGGCGCGUCCUUUUACGGUUCCGCGCGCGGCUCGCAGGGGCCGCGCCUCGAGGCGCAUCCGGGUUAUGGCGCAACCGAAAUUCGUAACCAAGAAAUACGAUCCCGCAGCGGCGCCGCCCCCUUACCCGCGCAUUCACCCCAAGACGCUCGCGGCGAGGAGCAGCAAGCGUAUCGUCGAUCUGGCAUUGCCCAAGAGAAGACUUCUGCUGGAGACGAUGAAAUUGGCAGCUACCAAAAACAUGAAGGCAACCGUGAGCGAUCUGCUGGUGAAGGUACGAAAGUCGCGGUACCAGCGGUAUCGUGUAUUCUGCAACGCGCGUCAAGAACGUGAAGCGAGGAAAAAGAGAAAACGACUGGCGAAACUGCACAGGGUUCUCGCAAAACCAGAAGACUGGCAAAGGCACAUGCGGGUUCUGGAAAGACUAGCUGCGCCCAAAGUCGCCGCGAGACCCAAAAGAAGGAAGCCCGGUAAGAGGAAGAAGUGGAGGCCGAUCAACAUGGAGCGACUGUAUUUCUUAGCCUUACCCACGAUCCGACACGAGCCGAAGUUUAGGGAUCCUUUCGAGGUGCCGCCGCGCGCGCUCGUCUAUCGUAUCACCAAGCGAAUGGAGAGACUCGCGACUCGCAAGAAACGUCCGGAGGUGCCGUUGCGAAUACCGGGCGCCGUUUCGCCUGCCGCGACGAGAGUCAUUGCUUCCGAGAGAAUAAUCGCUCUGGCGAAGCCCGCCCAGCGUCCGGCGGGCAGGGAAACGGAUCUCCGAGAGGAUGCCUUCACCGUGUCGCCGGAGGCGUUAAAGGCGAGAUGCUCCAAGCGUCUGAAAAGUCUCGCCAAGCCGAAGACCUAUCCGAAAGCCACGUUCAAGAGAUUGAGGACUGCGCUCAAACGAUGAAGCGGCCCCGUGAGCACACGAGAAUUGUACACGUGCGUCAACUCACGAGGCCCGCGUCUACGCGAGUGUGGAUUACGCUCAUUAAAAAUUCAGGAUAUUUGAUCGUGCUGGCUGUGUACCCGCGUAAUAUCGCGGAGUGACAGCAGAUUCACACGAACGGCGCGAUUUACCGCGGAAACCGUGUGCGUUACUGU